AUGGCCAUCUCCGGAUUCCUGUUCAUCAGUUGGCGGCUGCUGGAGAUAAUCACGCUCAUCCCAACGCUGGGCAUGCUGGCCUACUUCGUCCACGGCUAUGUCAGCUCGAACGUGCUAACGCCCGACUUCAUACUGGUCCUUUUCAUAACCUCAGUGUUAGCGGCAGCAUGGGCUAUCGCAACAACAAUCGCCUACCUCAAGGCGCGACACUCGGCGCUAUUCGUGGCGACCGUUGAUCUGGGAUUUAUGGCGUGCUUCAUUGCAGGAGUCUACUUGCUGCGAGGCAUCGCGGACGAAAGCUGCACCGAUUUCAGAGGCGGCAGAUUCUACCUCAACUUGGGACCUUUCGGAUACCUUGGAUCCCAGACCGGCAGCAGAUGGGCGGUUAAUGUCAACAAAACGUGUGCGAUGCUGAAGGCUAGCUUUGCUUUCGGUAUUAUGAAUGUCAUAUUCUUCUUUAUUACAUUCUGCACCGGCACCACCGUAACGACCGCGACAAGGACCAGGACACUAGAGUCAGGCGCGAAACGCACGUCCACAGACACGAGCAUCGACGACCCACCAGCAGAGACUACGGGCAGUCGAACAGUCCGCGGCGGUCACACCACAGUCAUCGCAGGCAAUACUACGUCUAAGUGCCGCGACGAUGCCUUUACGGAGUUCAGCAUGCAUACGGAGGGAUUAGACGCAUUGCUGCGAACAUUAGAGCGGGCAAUUAUCGCGACAUCGUGGAAGAAGCCACUGUAA